AUGGCCACAAUCCAGUCCCAGCCUGCCCUUGAGGAGGCCAAUGAGAAGGGAAGCGUGUAUGCCAACAAUGACAUAGACAGCUCUCAGCUCAGCGCGGAGCACGCAGACGUCGAGGACUUGCCUGAUCCAGACGUAGGCAAGACCGAUGAGGAACGGGCCAAAUUGGACAAAGCUCUUGUAUGGAAGAUGGACUUGUGGCUGAUCCCUUGGCUGUCACUCCUUUACCUCCUUUCUUUCCUGGAUCGGACCAACAUCGGAAAUGCUCGUGUCGCCAACAUGGAGCCGGAUCUUGGAAUGGGUGGUCGUGAUUACAACGUUGCCUUGACAAUCUUUUUCAUCUCCUACGCUGGUUUCGAGCCGCUCACCAACAUUGCCAUCAAGAAAUGGUCGCCGCGUGUUUUCUUCACCGCGAUCAUCCUGGCUUGGGGUAUCAUCAUGACUUUGAUGGGUGUCGUGACCAAUUUUGCUGGUCUUCUCGCUUGCCGUUGGUUCCUUGGUCUCGCUGAGGCCGGUCUCUUCCCGGGUGUCAACUACUAUCUCUCCUGCUGGUACAAGCGCCAGGAACUCGGAUUCCGUGCUGCUCUCUUUUUCUCCGCCGCCGCGCUAGCUGGUUCUUUUGGUGGUCUCUUGGCUGCUGCAAUUACCUUGAUGGAUGGUAUCGCUGGAUACGAGGGAUGGCGCUGGAUCUUCAUCAUUGAGGGUUUGCUUACGGUAUUCGUCGGCCUUUUCUGUUGGUGGAUGGUUUUCGAUUUCCCCGACACGGCCAGCUUCCUUACUCCCGACGAGAAGCUCCGUGCGAUGCGUCGUCUCAAGGCCGAUGGACAGGCUCGCGCCAAGGUCGGAGGCAUUGAUCGUCGCCAUGUUUUUGCGGCGCUCAGGGACUGGAAGACUUGGGGAUACGCCGUCAUCUACAUGGGCUGUCUGUGCCCACUAUACUGCUUCUCUCUCUUCUUGCCGACGAUUCUCCUUGGCAUGGGAUACACUGGAACUACGGCUCAGCUCUUGUCUGUCCCUCCUUACGCCGUUGCCGCGACGAUGACAGUUAUCAUCGGUUGGAUUGCCGACAGGACCAAGCUUCGUGGAAUCUGCAACAUGGGAGUGUCUUUGAUCGGUUGUAUCGGAUUUGCCAUGUUGCUCGCCACUACCAACGUCCGCGUCCAAUACGCUGGCACCUUCCUCGGUGCUGCCGGAAUUUACCCCACAGUUUCCAACACAUUGACAUGGGCUUCCAACAACGUCGAGGGAUCACUGAAGCGCGGAGUGAUGGUCGGUGUUGUCGUUGGCUGGGGUAACCUGAACGGUGUCGUCUCGUCCAACAUCUACAACCCAGCUGAGAGACCCCACUACCGUACUGGACACGGAAUCGUGCUCGCCUACAUGUUCCUUUUCCUCUUCGGCGGAACCGUCUUCAUGCACUUUGCUCUCAAGCGCGAGAACAGACUGAGGAAGGAGGGCAAGCGCGAUCAUUUGCUUGUUGGCAAGACUCAGGAGGAGAUUAUCGAGGACCUCGGUGAUAUGCGUCCCAACUUCUUUUACACUACCUAG